AUGUUUAAAUUUAUACAUGAUAUAGACAUAACAAAGAAAAAAAUACUUAACCAAUUAAAUAAUAAAUUAAUAAUUAAUAAUGAUAAAAAUGAUUUGACAUUUGUUGAGAAAAAUAAGCGCAUCGAUUCCAACACAGACUCAAACAAUAAUAUCUUAUUGGAUAGAAAUAUAAUUAAAAAUGUAACUAGCCAAAACGAAUUAAAUUGUAUGGAAAUGACUACCAACAAUAUUAAGGGUACUGAAUUGAGUUGCGUAGAUGGAAUAUCAGAAAAACAAACAGAGAGAAGUAGUGAUGACAAUAACGAGGGAAGUCAAACAAAAGAUGGGGCAUACCUAGUUGGAAACGAAAAGGAAGGGAUUAAAAAUCGGGAAAAUGAAAUUGUAAAAAAUAAAGAACAAAAUAUAAACAAUAAAAAUAGUGUAAACAUUCAUAUAAAUAGUAGUGUUAUGAAAACGAGGGAUAAUAAUAAUAAAAUAGAAAAUGGGAUUUUUAUUGAUAUAUCAAAGUUAGCAGAUUUAACAGAGGAUGUUUUAGAUAAUAUAAAUAAGAACAUUUUCAACGAUGACAAUGAUACAAAUAAGUUUAAACUAAUUAAACAGAGUAACGAAGAAAUACGAGAUAUUGUUACAACAUGUGUACAUGUGACAAUAGAUAGACUAGUACAUUAUAAAGAAUAUAUAACUGAUAUUAACUAUUUAAAUGAUAUAAAUAAAAAAUAUCUUUCCAAAAUAAAUGAAUUAAAAAAAAAUGAAAAAAUAUUAACAGAUAUAAAUGAAAGACAAACAAAACAAUUAAUUCAACUUUCAGGACAGAUAAGUAAUAUAAAAAAUUAUGAUGAAGCUUGUGAUGAAUAUAAUAAUAAAGAGUUUAAAAAAGAAUCGGAUCUAACAUAUUUAAAAAAUAAUUUAAAAAAUAUGGAAAUAGAAAAUAAGAUUCUAAAGGAUGAAAAACAAAAAUUACAACAUUCUCUUCAUGAUAAAUUAUUACAUAUAAAAACUAAUUUUGAAUUAAAAUGUUAUAUUAAACAAUUAGAGGAUAUAAUAAAUACUAAAUCAGAGAUGUAUAAAAAAUUAAAAAUAGAAAAAAUAUCUCUAGAUGAAAAAGUAAAUAAAUAUUAUGAGCAUAUACAACUAAUAAAUUCAGAUUUAUGUAUGUAUAAAAAUGUUUUAUAUAAUAUUAAGCAAAAUGAAAAAAAUGAAAAAAAAAAAGUUAUAAAAUUUAUUAAUGAAAAUAAGCAUAGAAUACGUUCAUUAUGGAUUAAUAAUGAAGGUACACACAUCAAAAUGAAAAAAAAAAAAAUUAAAAUUUUAUAUAAGCAGUGCCCAUUGCAUUGCAAUUGGAAUGGUAGUAUUAAGCACAGUGAUACAAAUAAAAAUAUAAGUGAUACAAACUGUAGUACUACUAAAGUGGCAAAAAUAAAGACAUUGGUGGGUGAGAGAAAAUGUCAAAGCGAUUUUGAUUGUGCCAGACGUAGUGACAAAAAUUACAAAAAAAACUAUAAAAAAGUGGCAGUGAUAAAAUAUCGUGACCCAACAAAAGUAGAUAAAAAAAAUAAUUUUGAUUAUAGUCAAAUUAGUAAAGAAAAGUUAGUAGAAAUUGUAAACGAUUACAAACUUAUUUUAAAUGAAUAUCAGUUAGCCGAUAAAAAAAAAAAAAAAAAUUUAGAUACAAAUGAAAAAUUAAAAGAAGUAAAAAAACUAUUAUUAGAUGAGAUGGAAAAAAAUAAAAUAAUUCAAACAAAAUAUCAAAAUGUUUUAAAAAAAAUACAAAAUAUAAAUGAAGAUGGUAUGUUAAUACCUGAUGAUAAAAAAACUCCUGAAUCCAAAACAUUUGAAUAUAAAACAUCAAUAAAAAUACAGGAACUUUUAAAUGAAAUUAUAUUUCUUACAAAAGAAAUUGAAAAACUUAAAGAUGAUCAAACAGUAUUAAAACAAGAGAUAAAUACAAAAAGUGAAAUAAUUUCCAGCCUGAUGAAAAGGAAUGCCUUGGACGACCAAAGGCACUUUAGAAUUGAUGGAAAUUUCAACUUAUUUAAAAACAAACUUACCUAUGAUGAUAUGAAAAAAGUUAUGGAGGAGACCCUAAUUGACAACAUUCGGUUACGAAUUGAUUUGAUAACCCUAGGGAAUAUAUAUAGCGAUAAAGAUUUUUUAAUUUGA